AUAAAAAAAAGAAAACAAAAGAAAUAAAAUAAGCAAAGGGGAGUGCAGCACUGGCAGGAAGAAAAAGAAAAGAAAAAAUAUAUAUAUAAGAAGAUGGAAGUGGAACAAAAAGCAGGAGAGGGAGUGAAGAAAAAUAGAAGAAUAAGAGGGAGUGGAAGGCAGAAAGCAGAGAGCACAGCAGAAAAGAAAAGGAAAAGAAUAAGAAAUGGGGGACACGGACAGAAGAUGACAGAGAGGAGAGAGGAGCACGGAAGAAAAAGAAUGAACUGAAUGAUAAGAGAGACAGGGGGGUGUCAGGAGAGAACCGACUAAGAAGGAAAUAUAAGAGGAAGAGAGACUGACGCGACAAGGGAGACGACGCAGAGAAGAGGAAGCAGGAAGAGACUGCAGCAGGCAGAGGAAAAGAAGUCAGGAGCAAACCAAAAACGGGUCUUAAUAUUCUGAAAUUCGAUUUUAACUGCAUCAAUGGCAACCACCACUGUGAGCUUGAAGCUCUUGAUUGAUACAAAGGGCCACAGAGUUCUGUUUGCCGAAGCCGGCAAGGACUUUGUGGAUUUCCUUUUCACCCUUCUGUCUCUGCCGGUUGGAACUGUCAUUAGGCUCCUCUCUAAGGACAACAUGGUUGGUAGCUUAGGCCGACUUUACGACAGUGUCGAAAAUCUAAAUGACACAUACAUGCUGCCCAAUCUCAACAAGGACACUCUGCUGAAACCCACGUCCCCCAUUGGCUGCGCUAAUGUCCCACAUUUGCUGACAAGUGAUAGAUCAACGGUAAAAAAGGUGUACAUGUGUGGGAGCUACCACCGGUACGUGGCUGAUGACCCUAGGGCCGUUUGUCCACAGUGCAGAUCUGCUAUAUCUACCGAGGUGCCUUAUGUUGCUGCUCCGGCUACCGCUAAAGGAUCCUCUGGUGGCGGAGCAGGUUUUGUGAAAGAUGUUGUGACAUACAUGAUUAUGGAUAAUUUGGAAGUGAAGCCGAUGUCCACCAUAUCAUGUAUUGCUUUGCUCAACAAGUUCAACGUUAAGGAGGUUGGUGCCCUUGAAGAGAAGGUUGUUCAUAUGGGCAUGGAUGAGGGGCUGAAACUGCUGAAGGCAUCAUUGGAAUCAAACAAUGUUCUCCAAUGUCUUCCUUUGUGAGAAAGAGGAGUAAACACGUCAACUUUGCGCGUGGUCCAGAGCGUAUAUGGCGUUUUGGAGCUUAAACGAAGUAGUAGUGACGAAAUAUCUAGCUAAACCCUUUAUAUAAUCAGUUGUAGAUCGACUUAAUCAACGUUACCGUGCUUCUUUUCACGGGGCGUUUUCUGUUAAGGUGGAUAACCUUAGUUUGGCUAAAACCGCAUUAGAAAUUGCUGAAGUUGGGUGGCUAUAACUCUCCACUAUUGCAUAUCUAGACAGGUUCUUUGACUGAUUUGGUA